CCGGGAAUCCGUCAGGAAGGGACAUAAACAAAACAAACCCCAGAGCGGCAUGGAGGGGCCGGGCCAGCGCUAUAGCCCCAGCAGAAGCUGGGACCCGAAGUGAGACGUCCUCUAUCCCCCCGCUGGGUCGGGGCGUCAGGCAGAAACUCCCCAGAGAAAUAAGUAUUCUAAGUAAUCAGAGUAAAAAUUUUCCUAGCAAAAAAUCUGCAACUCACCAUUGUAUGAGUUAUAUGCUGCCUACUGACUCGGAAAAAAAGCUGGAACAUAAUUUGCAAGCAAGGAAAACAAAACAUUUGGAUUUGGAUUUGGAGGAUUUACCUGAAAUGCCUCAGCCUAGUGUGAGUGGAAUGGACCCUCCUUUUGGAGAUGCCUUUCAAAGCCACAUGUUUUCAGAACAGACUCUGAUCAGCACAGAUCUCUUGGCUAACAAUUCUGACCCAGAUUUCAUGUAUGAAUUGGACAGAGGAAUGGAUUACCAACAGAGUUCCAGGGACAAUCUCCUUUCUGUAGAUGAUUGUAAAGAAUUUGAGAGCUUAGAGACUUUUACUGAGAUUCUGGAUACUGAAAUGUCUUUCCCUGCAAAUUGGGAUCAGUGGGAUACUUACUGUGAAGAUUUAACGAAGUAUACAAAAUUAACCAGCUGUGACAUUUGGGGAACAAAAGAGGUGGACUAUUUGGGUCUUGAUGAUUUUUCAAGCCCAUAUCAGGAUGAAGAGGUAAUAAGUAAAACUCCGACUCUGGCUCAGCUCAACAGUGAGGAUUCUCAGCCUGUCUCAGAUCCACUGUGCUACCCAGAGUUGCUGUUCAAUGCAAAACAAACCCAAUUAACUUCUCUGCCAACCAAGAAAAUUACAACAAGAGCAGCAGCCCCAGUUUGUUCAUCAAAAACUGCUCAGGCUGAAGCACCUUUAUCCGAAUUUACUCAGAAAGCAAGCAAGGCCAAUUCAAGCACACAAAUCAUGGUUAAGACCAAUAUGUACAAUAAUGAGAAAGUGAAUAUUCAUGUUGAAUGUAAGGAUUAUGUUAAAAAGGCAAAAGUAAAGAUAAAUCCAGUGCACCAGAACAGAUCUGCCAUGAACCAGGCAAAUGCUGAUGCUGCAAAAGAAAACACCUGCUACUGUGGAGCUGUAGCAAAGAGACAAGAGCAGAAAGGAACUGACCCACUUCAGAAUCACAGUGCUCCUGUAUUGCCUUUUAAAGAGACUCAGGCUCUGCUCCUCACUCCACCCCAGGAAACUCCAGGACUUACUGCUGAGAAGAGCAAUCUCUCUGCUAGCACCUCAGUUUCAGAUCCUUCACAGAAAAAAGAAGAACAUAAUUAUUCUCUUUUUGUCAGUGAUGGAUCAGCUGAUCAAGCAGGCAAUGCUGACCCUGAUGAGGAUGAGGAUGAUGAGGAAGAGGUGGAGGAUGAAGACCAUGAUGAAGGCUUUGGAAGUGAGCAUGAACUAUCUGAAAAUGAUGAAGAGGAAGAUUAUGAGGAUGAUAAAGAUGAUGACAUCAGUGAUACAUUUUCUGAACCAGGUUUUGAAAAUGAUUCUGUAGAAGAUUUGAAAGAAAUGACUGCAAUAUCUUGUCGAAAAAGAGGCAAGCGAAGAUACUUCUGGGAAUAUAGUGAACAACUGACGCCAUCACAGCAGGAGAGAAUGUUAAGGCCUUCUGAGUGGAAUCGAGACACCUUACCAAGUAAUAUGUAUCAGAAGAACGGAUUACAUCACGGAAAAUAUGCUGUUAAAAAGUCACGAAGGACUGAUGUAGAAGAUCUGACACCUAACCCUAAAAAACUGCUACAAAUUGGAAAUGAACUUAGGAAACUGAAUAAAGUAAUUAGUGAUUUGACCCCUGUCAGUGAACUUCCCUUAACAGCAAGACCAAGAUCAAGGAAAGAAAAAAAUAAACUUGCCUCUAGGGCUUGCCGACUGAAAAAGAAAGCUCAGUAUGAAGCCAACAAAGUUAAACUUUGGGGUCUUAAUACUGAAUAUGAUAACCUGCUGUUUGUGAUCAAUUCUAUCAAACAAGAAAUUGUGAAUAGAGUGCAGAAUCCUAAAGAUGAGAGAGUAACAAAUAUGAAUCAGAAGCUUGAUAUACUUAUUAAAGAUACUCUUGGACAGCCAGUGUCUGGGCAAACUUCAGAAUUUGUGAACCAGGUUUUAGAAAAAACAGCAGAAGGAGAUCCUACAGGAGGACUUGUUGGACUGCGAAUACCAACAUCAAAAGUUUAGUAGACAUCAUUUUAUCCCAUUACCCUGGUCAGAGCUAUGCCUGCAUCAUGAACUACUACAUUGUAGAAUUAAUUCUGGUCUGCAUGUGAGUUUAGUGCUGUAUAAAACACAGUUUUAAGUUCCAUAAUUUUUUAGUUUUAUUUUUAUAACAAUGUAGUAAGGUAAGUGAAAGCAUGAUAUAAAAUGCUUAAUGGCAUUUUGGAGCAUAAACCUUGUAGAUCCAAAUCUGCUUCUGGCAUAAAUGUGAUGGCUACAUGUUAAUUUUAAAAUUAAGUUUAUCUAGGACCAGAUUAUAUAACUUAUAUAGGAGCAAAAUGUUUUUUGCAAAUAAAAAUCUAGCAAAACGCCAAACAUUAUGGCAGGUUUAUGCUCUAAAUUUAAAAAAAAUGUAAACUCAAGGAUUUUUUUCAAGAAUUGUUGCUUUUUUCUUCUAAAUUAAACAAUAAGUUUUCUUUGUAACCAUAACUUGUAAAUAGCACACUUAGCAAUAAAGCUGGUGUGCCAUAUAAAAAAAUAUAAUUUUCUGAGCUUGAUACGGUAUUUAAAUGUCUGUGCAAGUAAGAAAUAAUGUAUACUCUUUGUGCCUUGUAUUGAAUAGGGAGGGAGGGAAGGGGGAAAGAAUAAACAUGGAAUAGUAAAAAUUUUGUAGGAGGAGAAACUCCUGUGGGAGAGAAGAUAUAUAGAUGGUCUCAUGGGUUUUAAUGUAUUUGUUCCAGCUCUUACAAAUUUUUGAAUGUAUAUAGGAAUAUGUUGAAAAUGUAGAUAUGCCACAGAGUCUAUGUAUUGUAUAAAAGAUGGCUCUAGAAAAAUAAUUUUCGGUACUUGGCCGGAAGAAAACAAAUACUUGCACAUUAAUGCGAUUGUUUAUUUUUGUACCAAAGACAAAUGCAACUGAAAUGGCAAACUGCCAGUUUAAGUAAAGUUUUGCACAGCUUACAUGAUACUGUAUUGAAUGUAUAAAAAGAAAAAAAACUUAAAGGUCAGGGUUAGGGAUCUUACUGAACUGUGAAUUUCUUUCUCUCUCUUUGGGUCCAAUUAUCUACAGAAGGAGCAUUCAUACAUUAUUAUUUUGCUGAUCCUCUAGUUUGUUCAUAGUAGAUAAGUUGGCCAUCUAGAAGACUAUAAAUCCUUUUUCUUUUCUGCAUUUAUCGUAGAAAUUUUAAUAUAUUUGGAUUUUAGUAAGCUAUUGAUAAAAUAGAUUUUGACUUUGGGAAUUAAAAAAUUUAGCUUGUAGUAUACUUCCAACCAACCAAUCGAAAUAAAAUUAUUUUUAUUGUAAUAUGUAUAUAUGUAAAAACAACUACAAAUAUUUAAUUCCUUAGUUGCCACUUUUCCAAUUGUAUUAUUGUGCAUGUGAUGUUUCCAAGAAUCAACACAGGCUAAAAAAAAAAAAAGAAUUUCUAGAUUUUAUAUUUUUGUACAGAUAUUUGAACUAGCUUCUUCAAACUUAUACGUGACUUAUUGUUAACUCAUAGUUUCUAUGACGGGGGAAUACAAAUGUGUGUGCGGUUUGCCUCACAAGAGUUUGCUUUUAGUCAGUGUUAAAGUACCAAUGAAAAGCUUUAUCUCUUGAGGAGAGUUAUUUAUGUCAAGACAGGAUCAUUAUAUGGUUUCAUGAUUGCCUUUCCUCCCCCUUUUUUGAUAUAGAUGACUACAUAACACUGUUUACUAAAAUACCAAAUAAUUUAGAUGUAGCUCCAAGCAAAUGCAAAAAGCUCAUGGAUUCCCCCACCCCCACCCCCACUUCUUUACCUAUACCUUGUAGUGCAGUUGUUGCAUCUCAAUGAAUUAUUCCUAAAUGGAACCUGAUACUCAUUUUUUUUUUAAGUUUGAAAGAUUGGAGAAGGCCAAUAUAUCACUACAGAGUUGUACUAUCCUACAGCUUUUUCUUUUUAUGUCUCUCCAAAUCUCUGUUUAUUGCCAUUUACUUAUUUAAAAAACAUUUGAAGUAUUUGUAAGAAGUCAGCAGAAAUUUGCAUGUCCUGAUGGAGCAGAAAGAUUUUUAAGAUGCAUCUGCAGCUGAAAUAACACUGGCAACUUGCCUGACUUAACACUUCUUGUGGAGCUUUGUCUUCUGAGUAUUUUAUAUCCAUCUACCAUAAUAUAUUGGAAUAGUGUUGAGUUUCAUAGGUAAAUGGCAUUUAAAUACCGUUCAUGCUAAGAUUCUAACUCUGAAUCAGAAUAGCAUGGAAAGGAUAUAUUCUACAAUACAAAACAGCUGUUUUCUAAUCAGGACUUAUAUAGCAAGAUAAACUGACAGUAAGAUAUGAAAUCCCCUUUGUAGCUCAGUCUUCCCUGAGCUAAUACUGCUUUUGCAGCUUGUGCGUGUGUGUGUAUGUGUGUGUGCGCAUGUCUGAAAACUGGUAUGAUUUUGUUCUAGCAAUUAAAGAAAAAAAGACUUUGAACCCUUUUAGUGGAUUCCAUGCCCUUGCAUUUCAGUGUUUUCUAUGUAUUAAGUUAUAGUCAAAAAGCUUUUAAAUAGUUGAGCUUUUUAAUGGUGACACUUUAUUUUGUAUCUAUUUAUAUAUGUAUGUAUAUCUUAGAAAAGCACUUUGUUUAAAAAAAGAAAAAAAAGAUAUUGCAUUUUAUAUGAUUCCUGCCAUUUGCUGCUAACUCUGGGCUGGUCAGAAUGCUGCAGCGAUACUUGAUCUAAAUAAAACCUGGCAGUAAAAUGUAGAGUAAAGUUAAGACCUUUGCUGGUUUAAUCUUAUUGUAAAGAUGACAUAGGCAAGCUGUGCAGCUUUACAUUUUAACCAGGAGACUCUGUGGCAUUUAAAACAGUCUAGAAAUGGUUGUACUUUUAAUGCCAGUAACAAUCUGCUUCCUCUAGUGUCAUUAAGUAUACGUUUAGUGUAUAAUUAUCACAAAGAUUUAAAAAACCCAAAUAUUCAUGUUUUGUUUGGGGAAAUUGUGGCAUGCAUUUUUGGCUGAUUAUCUUUAGAGGAGUUCUAAAGGUUUUCACUCUUCAUACAUGGGAUGUGGAUCUUAUUGAAGUCUUUGGUCAUUUUCCAAGCGAAGACGUUGUGGAUAUUCUAACGUCCCUCAAAAGCAAUUACCCACUUAA